AUGAAUCCCAUCUGCAUUGAUCUUGGGUCUAGAAAUACAAGAAUCGCUACAGUAUCCAACGGGAAGCCUGAACUAAUUGAAUUAGAAGGCAAUCAGUCCAUUCCCACUUUUGUUUACAAGGGCAAGAGUACUGCAAUUGGCAGAGAUGCUGAGACUGUCGGGGAAGAGAAUUCAUCCUAUCUUUUUGGAAAUUUAGUCAAUCUCAUAGGAAGAUCGUUCAAUGAGAACGAUAUGUCCGUUCUGAUGUCGUAUCUUCCUUGCAGUGUUACCGAGGGCAAAAAUCGUCGAUGCAUGGUAGUAGGGUUAAAUCAAGAUAAUGAAACUGUUUAUGACCCCACAGUGAUUCUGUCAUUCUUUGUGAGAAAUAUUAUUGAUCAGGUUUAUGAAAGUGGUUACAAGGAACGCUUUGACAGUAUCCUUCUCUCCUAUCCACACACCUUCACGGAUCUUCAAAAAGAUCAACUGCGAAAGGUAGCAAACUACACUGGACUGAAGCAUGUUGAUCUCAUUUCGGAUACUCUUGCUGCUUGUUUGUACAGUGGUGUGUUGAAUCGUUCUGAUGAUGAAGUUGCUAUCGUAGUGGACUGUGGUGUCUUAACUUUCGAUGUGUCCCUUAUUGAGUGUAAACAAGGCAAUUACAAUGUUAUCGCCAGUGAAGGGUUAAACAAUAUUGGUGGUGACUCUUUCACCAACGUCCUCCUUCUCAUGGCGUUGCAGAAGCUUGGCAUAGAGUAUCAGUCUCUGGAUGUGCAUGAUUUAUACAUUUUGCGUGAGGCAGUGGAAGCCGCCAAAAUUGAGAUGUCUGAGACAGGAAAUGACGCGUCUCUAACGUUUAAGGAUCGCAGAUGUUGCAAGGAAAUAAAAGAGAUUCUCAAUACAGCGCAGGAAAAGGGCAUCACGCCUACAACGUUAGUUCUUGCAGGCAGAGCGACUCAACUCCCCUGCUUCCAGAGAGCUCUUGUUUCGACUGCGAAGAUUAGGAGAGCGUAUCAAAACGUUGAUGCUUCUGUGGCUCUGGGAUUGGCGAUGUAUUCAAUGACGGAAUCCUACCAAGCGGAUCAUAGAACUUGUGAAAAUUGCAAUCCAUAUUGUGGGGACAAUUUGAAUGAAUAUGGAUCCAUGGCAAAUCCUGCAAUUCCUGAUGUUAUCGAAUAUGAUUUCUCAUCAUAUGACGAGAAUCAAAAAGAUUUUUCAAAAUACCCAAGUCCGACACCGAUAGAAUCGGUCUCAAGUGAAAGUCGAGAGAAGUUCAUUAAGAAAUUCUUAAUCAAAACGAAAAAGCAUUGUUCUGAGAGCAAACUAUUUGAAUGUGAUAGAAAUUGUUAUAUUGAGAAGGAUGUCGAACCUCAAAAUCUGGAUUUGGGUCGUGUGAAGAGCAUCAAGCUGAAAGAUCGCGAUAUGUACAAUGUUGGACUCAAGAUUCAAUAUGCUCUCCACGAUGAUGAUCUGGAUUUGUUGUAUCAGAGGAAUGAUGAGAUAGACCAGACAGUAGAGAAGAAUCUACAGACUACGAGUAAUAGCACAUCGAUUGAAAUCAUUCUAUACCAAGGAAAAACGAAGAAUCAUAAACAAUGCACAAAGAUUCGACAAUAUGAGUAUGAAAUCGACCCGGAGCGUCGGAAAAAGAAUCAUGGCUAUACGUUGAAAGUUACUAUUCAUAGCAGUGCCUCUAUGGAUCUAAAACUCACUUGGAGAGAUAAUGGCCAAGAAAUCAAGCUUAAGGAUAAGCACGACCUGACAGAUGAGAAUAUGCAUAGUGUUUAUCGCAAUGCAAGAAUGCUCAAUGGAUAG